AUGCAUCACUCGGGCAACACGGGGAGAGCCAAGACCCUCUCUCACGAGACAGGCAUCGCGGUGGAUAAGAACGGCCUGAUGUACUUUGUGGACGCCACCAUGAUCCGCAAGGUGGACCAGAAUGGCAUCAUCUCCACCCUGCUGGGGGCCAACGACCUCACCUCCGUCAGACCGCUCAGCUGUGACUCCAGCAUGGACGUCAGCCAGGUGCGUCUAGAGUGGCCCACGGACCUCGCGGUGAAUCCGAUGGACAACUCGUUGUACGUGCUGGAGAACAACGUCAUCCUGCGCAUAACGGAGAACCACCAGGUCAGCAUCAUCGCGGGACGUCCCAUGCACUGCCAGGUCCCGGGCAUCGACUACAGCCUCAGCAAGCUGGCCAUCCACACGGCGCUGGAGAGUGCCACGGCCAUUGCCCUGUCCCACACGGGCAUCCUCUACAUCGCCGAGACGGACGAGAAGAAGAUCAACCGCGUCCGACAGGUGAGCACCAGCGGGGAGAUCUCCCUGUUGGCCGGCGCCACGUCCGACUGCGACUGCAAGAACGACGUCAACUGCAACUGUUUCUACGGCGACGAGGGCUACGCCCCCGACGCGGGCCUCAACUCGCCGGCCUCGCUGGCCGUGUCGCCGGACGGCACGCUGUUCAUCGCCGACCUCAACAACAUCCGCAUCCGGGCGGUGCGCGCCAACCGGCCCGGCCCGGCCCUGUCCGGCACGGGGCUGGGCGGCCUGUCGGGCGGCGGCAUGCAGUACGAGGUGGCGUCGCCGCGGGAACAGGAGCUGUACAUCUUCAACCAGGAGGGGCUGCACGUGCAGACGGUGAGCCUGGUGACCGGGGAGCCCCUCUACAACUUCACGUACGGCGCCGACGGCGAGCUGGCCACGCUGACCGACAACUGCAACAACACGCUGAGGGUGCGGCGCGACGGCCUGGGCCAGGGCGGAGGGGCGGGCCUGCUGAGGCUGGUGCUGCUGCCCGAGAACCAGGUGGUGACGCUGGGCCUGGACCCCACGGGGGGCCUGAGGAGCGUCUCGGCCCUGGGGCAGGAGGUGGCGCUGCUGGGGUACAGCGGCAGCACGGGCCUGCUGGCCACCAAGGCGGACGAGACCGGCUGGACCACCUUCUACCAGUACGAUAGCGAGGGUCGCCUCACCAACGUGACGUACCCCACGGGCAUGGUCACCAGCCUCCACCGCGAGAUCGAGCGCUCCAUCAACAUCGACGUGGAGAGCUCCAGCCGGGACGACGACGUCACCAUCGUCACCAACCUGUCCUCGGUGGAGGCGUCCUACACCGUAGUACAAGACCAGGUGAGGAACAGCUACCAGCUCUGUAACAACGGCACCCUGAGGGUCAUGUACGCCAACGGGAUGGGCAUCAGCUUCCACACAGAGCCCCACAUCCUGGCCGGCUCCGUCAGCCCCACCAUCGGUCGGAGGAACAUCACCCUGCCCACCGACAACGGCCUCAACUCCAUCGAAUGGCGGCUACGCAAGGAACAGACCAAGGGCCGGAUCACCGUGUUCGGCAGGAAGCUGCGGGCACACGGGCGCAACCUGCUCUCCAUCGACUACGACCGCAACACGCGCACGGAGAAGAUCUACGACGACCACCGCAAGUUCACCCUGCGCAUCAUGUACGACGCCCAGGGCCGGCCGGCCAUGUGGCUGCCCAGCAGCAGCCUGGCGGUGGUCAACGUGUCCUACUCCAGCACGGGCCAGCUGGUGGGCCUGCAGAGGGGCAGCAUGAGCGAGCGCACCGAGUUCGACCCGCAGGGACGCGUCGUGUCCCGCGCCUUCGUGGACGGCAAGGUGUGGAGCUACAGCUACCUGGACAAAUCCAUGGUGCUGCUCCUGCAGAGCCAGCGGCAGUACGUCUUCGAGUUCGACAAGUCGGGCCGCGUGACGGCCGUGACCAUGCCCAGCGUGGCGCGCCACACCAUGUUCACGCACGUGUCGGUGGGCUACAUCCGCAACACCUACACGCCGCCGGAGAGCAACGCCUCCAUCAUCCACGACUUCAGCGAGGACGGACGCCCGCAGGCCACCCACUUCCUGGGCACGGGCCGCCGCGUCCUCUACAAGUACGGCAAGCUGGCCAAGCUGUCGGAGAUCGUGUACGACAGCACGGCGGUCACCUUCGGCUACGACGAGACGGCCGGCGUGCUGAAGAUGGUCAACCUGCAGAGCGGCGGCUUCUCGUGCACCAUCCGCUACCGCAAGAUGGGCCCGCUCAUCGACAAGCAGAUCUACCGCUUCAGCGAGGAGGGCAUGGUGAACGCCCGCUUCGACUACACCUACCACGACAACAGCUUCCGCAUCGCCAGCAUGAAGCCCGUCAUCAGCGAGACGCCGCUGCCCGUCGACCUCUACCGCUACGACGAGAUCUCCGGCAAGGUGGAGCACUUUGGGAAGUUCGGGGUGAUUUACUACGACAUUAACCAGAUCAUCACCACGGCCGUCAUGACGCUCAGCAAGCACUUCGACACGCACGGGCGCAUCAAGGAGGUGCAGUACGAGAUCUUCCGCUCGCUCAUGUACUGGAUGACGGUGCAGUACGACAGCAUGGGCCGCGUGGUGAAGCGGGAGCUGAAGAUCGGACCCUACGCCAACACCACCCAGUACCGCUACGAGUACGACGGGGACGGCCAGCUCAGCGGCGUCAAGGUGAACGACUGGUCCACCUGGCGCUACAGCUACGACCUCAACGGCAACCUCCAUCUGCUCAACCCGGGCAACAGCGCCCGCAUCAUGCCGCUGCGCUACGACCUGCGCGACCGCAUCACGCGGCUGGGCGACGUCCAGUACCGCCUGGACGAGGACGGCUUCCUGAGCCAGCGCGGCUCCGACGUCUUCGACUACAACUCCAAGGGCCAGCUGCUCCGGGCCUACAACCGCGGGCCGGGCGGCUGGAGCGUGCAGUACCACUACGACGGGCUGGGGCGCCGCGUCUCCACCCGCAACAGCCUGGGCCAGCACCUGCAGUUCUUCUACGCCGACCUCAACCACCCGGCCAGGGUCACGCACAUCUUCAACCACUCCAGCUCCGAGAUCUCCUGCCUCUACUACGACCUGCAGGGUCACCUGUUUGCCAUGGAGGUGAGCAGUGGGGAGGAGUACUACAUCGCCUCAGACAACACCGGGACGCCCCUGGCAGUCUUCAGCAGCAACGGCCAGAUGAUCAAACAGGUGCAGUACACGGCCUACGGCGAGGUCUACCUGGACUCCAACCCAGAGUUCCAGCUGGUGGUGGGCUUCCACGGGGGCCUCUACGACUCGCUCACCAAGCUGGUCCACUUCACCCAGCGGGACUACGACGUCCUGGCGGGCCGCUGGACCUCCCCGGACUACGCCACCUGGCCCAAGAUCGGCAAAGACCCCGCCCCGUUCAACCUGUACAUGUUCAAGAACAACAACCCCCUCAGCGACAUGCUGGACAUCAAGAACUACGUCACAGAUGUGAAGAGCUGGCUGGUGAUGUUUGGCUUCCAGCUCAGUAACAUAAUCCCCGGCUUCCCUCGACACUCCUUCUACUUUGUGGAGCCACCCUACGAACUGCAGGCCACGCAGCACUGUGAGAAUGGACAGCUCAUCACCGGCGUGCAGCAGGCGGCCGAACGCCACAACCAGGCCUUCAUGGCGCUGGAGGGCCGGCUGCUCAACAAGGAUCGGCGGGGCCGCCGGGACAAGCCGGGCCACUGGUUCGGCACCAGCACGCCCAUCAUCGGCCGCGGCGUGAUGCUGGCGCUGAAGGAGGGCCGCGUGGUGGCGGGCGUGUCGUCGGUCGCCAGCGACGACAGCCGCAAGGUCGCCCUGGUGCUCAACGGCGCCCUCUACCUGGAGGGCACGCACUACACGCAGGACGGCCGCGACUGCCACUUCUUCGUCAAGGUGGGCGCGGCCGACGGCGACCUGCUGGCGCUGGGGCUCACCAACGGACGCAAGUCGCUGGAGAGCGGCGUCAACGUGACGGUGAGCAGCCGCUCGAGGCGAGGCGCCACCGUGGAGUUCGCCGCGCCGUCGCUGGCGCUGAGCGUGCGCUACGGGCUGGCGCUGGACGUCGUGGACGAGGAGAAGGUAAGACUGUUGGAGCAGGCCCGGCAGAGGGCCCUGUCGGGGGCCUGGAGCCGGGAGCAGCAGAGGGUGCGGGACGGGAAGGAGGGCAGCCGUCUGUGGACGGAGGGGGAGAGACAGCAGCUGCUGACAUCGGGCAGGGUGCAGGGCUACGACGGGUACUACAUACUGCCCGUGGAGCAGUACCCGGAGCUGGCCGACAGCAGCAACAACAUCCAGUUCCUCAGACAGAACGAGAUGGGGAGGAGGUAACAGCCUCCCGGGGACUUGUCCGAUUGGACGGGAGCCACGCCUCCCGUCUUGUCUCGCCGACAUUCACGUUCUUUUCGGUUCUUUCCACCCAGCCUUCUCAUUCUUGCGCCACUCGAAAUCCCGCGGAGAAUAAAAAACCAACUCACGGAACGCUGCAGGGACUUUUGAAAAGAAGAACUUAUCAGAGAAAAUAAAAAGUUAUUGUUGAUUUUACUGCCACGGGCAAAAAACAUGUAAUGUUUAUUCCAGCGUUUCUUUUCCUUUUUGUUUUGAGAAACUUUGAGCAACUCAAAAAGCACUGAUGAACUUGGAAAGGAAAGAACAAACCUGUUGCUUAACGAAUAAGGAAAAAUUCCCCUUUUUAAAAAAGAUAUCGAUAUUUUUACCCAUAUUUUUUGGAUCGACACUGAGAGUGGCCAUGACAGCUGCUGGUGGGUUAGCGUUGCACUGGGUUCUGCGGUGAGAGCUUGUCUCUAUUCAAAAAAAUACAAAAACCUCUCUAGGCAAAGGGACCAAAUAAGGGAGGCCAAGCCAUUCCCCAGAGUACGACCAAUCAAAGUAAUGGAUCCGAGGACGACGUCACACAAGUUGCGCCGAAACCAACAGCAAAAACACCAUGUGAAACGGCUGUUCGACCACAACGACAACGACAACGACAACAACAACACCACCACAACAAGUCAUCUCCCCGACUCAGGCCCCACGAUGUCCACGGACCUAUGCUCCCGCUGAGGUGGAGUGUAUAUCUCUGAGCAAAACACCAACUACUGGCUUGAACAAACAGGAAAACUAGUUACUGAGAAAUAAAUAAUAAAAUACCCUUCAAAAAAAAUUAAAUAAUAAUAAUAAUAAUAACAAAAAGGUUAUAUUUGUGGACAGUGGUAAUCACAUUAGCAUUGUUUUUGUUUCAGAAUGGUGCGAGGAGGAGAGGUAUACUACUACUACAUGUGUUUUCAGACUACACUAAAGUUCAGGAUGUUGCGUAUACUGUAGCUGCCGUAGUUUUGUACGUUUCAGUCGCGAUAGAAUUGUGAGACUUUCACCGAGGCACUUCUGUACAGAGCGUUCAAAAAACACCCUUCACAGAGUCCAGAGAACAUACAAGCUAGUGUCGAUAUCUUCUUACUUUGUUCAUUUUUAUUUUAUUAUUAUUUAAUAUUCUUAGUACUAUAUGACAAUCAUAAGGGAGUCACCAGUUGAACAUUAGCGAAUUUGUUUAUUUUAUUUUGUAUAAUACGUAACAAAUGUUAAUUUUGCUUUUUGUAUUAUUUCAGAUUCAAUAAUAGUCUCGCUAAAAAAAGAAUAAUUUAUGUAAUAAAGUGUUUUAAAACGGUUUAUACUUUAAAUAAAGUCUUUAAAACUGUGAAAUCUGUUUUUUUUUUAAAUAUAUUUCAAUGUACAGUGUAUAGAUCUACCUUUAUGCAGCACAGUAGAAUAUUGUUCAGAAUAUCAAGUUUUAUAUUUCUAAGAGGAAGUGGCUUGUAAUGUGCGGAUCUUUAGCUGGUCUUACUACUCUAGAGUUUUGUGACACUCAAAUAUUCCAUAUCUACAUUAUCAGUCCCCCAUUGGUUUUUGAAUGUUUUUGGUUUAGUUUGGAAGCAGAAAUAUUACUGUCCUAGACCCCAACAGCAGUAGCAGUAAUGGAUCCCUCUCACUGUGAAGAGACUCGUGCUGGAUGUCAUAAUGUACCAAAUCAGUAUUAUUAUCUAAGGAUGAUUCUUAUACACUCACUGAAACGAGACUCUUCUGAGAACCUUAUCAAUAAAAAGUACUUGUUUCCUCAACCAUGUCAAGUUUUGGUUUUCCUCACAUCUCCUGUGUCUUUAACAGACUCUUGACCCGUAGAGUCACACUGUUAUGCCCUUGUUUUGUAUUAAAAUACAGGCCAACUGUCACCUGCAAACGUAAUCUGAUUGGGACCUUCUCCAAAAGCUUAGAUGUAAUGGAAAUACUGGAGAAAUGUCCUCCUGCUUUAAAGGGCUUUAUUGUGUACUAAUACAGUAAGUUACUCUUAUAAAUGUAUACAUGCAUCAGACAUUACAAUGUGGAAGUUGUGAUGCUUUUAAUUACAUAACCAGGAACAAUGACACAAACAAUAGGCUACAUAUGUUAAUAUGAAUAAAAUCCUCUACCAACUAACUGCUGUUAAAGAUCCUCUGAUGGCAAACAGGUUUGUAUUUUCUUUCCGGUUAUUUUGACUUCA